UUCCAAACAACCAACACACGCUUAUUAAUAGCAAUAAGCAAUGGCAGCUCAAACAUUUGGUUUCUCCUUCAAUAAUAUUCUUCUCUUUAUUUCCUUAUUCAGUUUGCACCUCCAUCUCCAUGGCUCUGCUGUUGUCGCCGACAACGAUGGCUGGCAAACUGCUCAUGCCACCUUUUACGGCGGCGGGGAUGCCUCUGGCACAAUGGGAGGAGCAUGUGGGUAUGGAAAUUUGUACAGUCAAGGAUAUGGAACUAAAACAGCAGCUUUGAGCACCGCCUUGUUCAAUAAUGGGUUGAGCUGCGGUGCUUGUUACGAGAUGCGAUGCGACGCCGACCCCAAAUGGUGUCUCCCUGCCACUAUCACUGUCACUGCCACCAACUUCUGCCCUCCGAACCUUGGCCUUUCCAAUGACAAUGGGGGCUGGUGCAAUCCUCCUCUUCAGCACUUCGAUUUGGCCGAGCCUGCUUUUCUCCAAAUCGCACAAUAUCAUGCUGGGAUUGUCCCGGUUGCCUUCAGAAGGGUGCCAUGUGCAAAGAAGGGAGGAAUAAGAUUCACCAUCAACGGUCACUCUUACUUCAACCUGGUCUUGGUCACAAACGUCGCCGGUGCAGGAGAUAUUCGUGCUGUCUCCAUCAAGGGCUCCGGAACUGGGUGGCAACCCAUGUCUCGAAACUGGGGCCAGAACUGGCAGAGCAACUCCUACUUGAAUGGCCAGACCCUCUCUUUCCAAGUUACUGCCAGCGAUGGAACGACUAUCACAAGCAUUAACGUGGUGCCUUCCGAUUGGCAAUUCGGACAAACCUUUGAAGGGCUCCAAUUUUAAAGCAAUUUCUCUUCUCUUCUGUGUUUUUUUCCUUCCGGGCUGAGCUUUUCAGGCCCAAUAUUUAUAUCUUAGUUUUACUACAUCGUAGAGGUCCAGACACGUGGAGGUGCCCAUAAAUAGCACCCGCUGGGCCUUUCCCUUUCCUUGGGGAAAUAUUAAUUCUUCUUCCAAAUAUGUUUUACAGGAUUGUUGACUCCUUCUGUUCUGUUGAGCACUUGAGUAGACUUAUAUACAUAAUUUAUGGGUUAGUACAA